AUGAAGCGAACUCGCGGCUCUUCCUCAUCCUCAAAUGAGACCAUACUCGAAGCGUGCUCUUCCUCUCCUUCCAUACACAAUUCGGGACGAGCAGGUACUGCACAGAGCUCCCCCUUCCCAUUAGACCCGUCGACCGUCCCGCUGCCUCGAAGCCUCACUUCGGGUCAGGAGUCCACUGCCAAGACAGGUAAUAGUCACAAUGUUGGCACGGGGAAAACGGUCCCCGGUGACAAGGAGCAAGAGAUUGAGGAGAGAAAUGCAGAUGAUGACUCGGAAGAGUCGAUUGACUGGGAUGCUCACUCGGAUGAAGAUACCGCGAACAACGCACCUCAGCCUCGUCAGGUCGUGAAGCGCGCCAAACUCCCGCAGACCAUGGCGUUUCACGUCGACUGGUGGAUCGCUCGCAUAGGCACCGCGGCGGCGAACCUAGACUUCAAGGUUCUGUGUGCGAGCAUGAUGUUGUGGAGGGAGAAGAAUGAGGUUCUGCAGGUCCCCACCUAUUGUAUGAUGCUCUCAUCAGGGCCGACCUGGGAAGAAGAUGAUGCUGUCUCAAACUCUGCACCAGCGCAGAUACCCCAAUCGACGUCACGAGCACCGUUACCGCUCAGAGGAGCCGAUCGAUCCUCUGCGCCGAUGUUGGACUGGGACGUCUUGCUGGAAGACAUCAGGCGAGCGAGCGAGCAGAUGCAUCAGGACCGGAAGUGGAGAAUCAGAGGAAAGAAAAAUGCCGCCGGUUGGUGCAAGUGGGCAGCAAGACAGCGGAUUAAUCAGAGGGGCGAAUUCGUCGACCAGCCUGAAGUUGGAUAUGAGGUAGAAAGAGAGGUAGACGGCCGGACGUGGGUGAUCAGGCUGGGGUACCGGAGGAACGAGGCGGUGGUGGAGAACAUGGAUGUGGAUGGCGAAAUGGCUGAUGCUGAUGACCCUGUCGCCGAUGAGCAGGGCGCUGGUGGAGGAGACGCGGUUCAGGGAACUUUGAACACGCCACCAAACAACAACUGCAACGGCAUCGAUGUGGUGAUGGAAGAAGCUCCGGACCCUUGA